AUGGAAUGGAAAUCACUGCUAGACAUGAAUCGCUCAUACAGAGUCAUAGUUAGUUUUUUGCGUAAUCAAGUUUCAUUGGCUAUCGAUGACUUGGUUCCAAUGCUUUUGAGACUGCCACCCGCGGUUAUUAGUUAUCCAAUUAAAAUUGACGCACCUAUAUAUUUGGGAUACACACCGAUGAAACUUCUCCGCUCGCAUUUAAUGCCGAUAACGUUAAACAAUUUUACGGGUUGUCUAUCGAAUGUUUUUAUUAAUGAGCGCAAAAUAUCCAAAGCAGGCAUGAAAUUUUUGGGUAAUAUUGCUCACUGUUCACAAAGUAUAUGCAUAAAAAGCUGCUUAAAUGGCAGCUCAUGCUUAUUGGAUGCGAUGAUUAAUACUAAACCGAUAUGUCGCUGUAUUCAACACUUUAAUGGUCAACUUUGUGAGCGGCAAAUAUGUGAAUGUAAUGAAAUCUGUGGCGAUAAUUCAUCUAACGCCAGAAUAAUCAGUGAAGAACGAUUAACCAUGAAAUCGAAUCAAGCGGUUCCACUGUUCGUUGGCGAUGGUCUUCUGAUGAAGGAAAAGUUAAGGAUGGAUUUUGAGGGAAAGCUAAAAGUAGAGGUAUGGUUAAAAGCAAUGGAUUCAGAUGGCCUGGUAUUCUGCUUGGCUAAUCUAGACACUGCAGCAGAGCAAUAUACAAAGGGCAAUUUCGUAGCAUUAGUGUUGGUCGCUUCACAACUGCAUUUCUUCUGGAAUCAUGGUUCUGAGAUCGUUUAUAGCAGAUCCAAUGCAUCAGUUUUAAAUGAUCGGUUCUAUUCGAUCCGCUUUGGGAAAUAUUCACGCAAUGGUUCGCCUCAAAUUGAUAAUGAGCAGGCUCAAACCCAGAUCUCUCAAGUUUUUGGCUCUUCACGUUUGGACACUAGUGGUGCAGUAGCUUUCAUUGGCGGUGUUCCAAACAAAACCAUUUUACCGAGUGCAGUAGCAGAACUUGCGGUACCAUUCCGAGGUGCAGUACAACGACUAGCUAUUAAUGGACAUACAUUUUCUGAACUUUUCAAGGAAUUUCAACAAAUUGGUCGCGUGGUCUCAUAUGAUGAUGUUUCAUGUUCUAAUGCUAAGGGUGGAAAUAGGAGCUGUAUAUGGAAGCUGGAUAAACAUGAUUGUCAAUGUCAAAAUGAAUACCAAACACCGGAAUAUAUCCAGCAAGGUGAAGAAACAGACGCAGAUCCAAACGAUAGCCUUUUGUUUGAUGGGCGAAAUGAGUAUGCAUUGGUAAAAAGAGUGAUUUCAAAAAAGCAGUCGGAAUUAUUGACAGACUAUCAGUUUAUGGUUAAAACUAACAAAUCAGAAGGUUUAAUCUGGUGGGAAAGUAAGAGACAUACGAUCCGUUCUAACUAUUUGGCAAUAUUUCUCCUCGCCGGACGACUUGGUUUUGCUAUAAAUUUGGGCAGUAAUCCAAAAGUUAAAGUAAUUAGAUCAAAUACAAUUGUGAAUGAUAAUCGAUGGCACAGCAUUGCACUUUUACGAACGAGUCAAAAGUCUUUGUUAACUGUGGACAAUGAAAACGUUACUUAUGUUUCACCAUCUAUUACUGCGAAGCUAACGACUGAUGGAAUUAUUUGGAUUGGGGGAAAAAAGAAACUACCACGAAGUUUUCCAAUAAAAACAGCAUACAAAGGAUGUUUACGAAACUUACGAAUUUCGUCACAAUUGAUUAACAUACGACGGGAGUUUUCAUCAAACAAAGCAUAUCGAAGAUGCGGAAAUUAG